UCUCGACCCGUUAGUACUUUCAACAUGUUUCUGCUUUGCAUUUUUCUCGCGUUUCUUGUACCGCCAAUCUCGUCGCAGCAACCGAUCGUCGUUCUGCCCAACGGUACGAUCCAAGGUCACGCGCUGACGACGUUCACGGGUAGGGAGUACCUCGCAUUCCAGGGGGUACCGUACGCGGCCCCGCCGACUGGUACGUCCAGGUUUCAGGCGCCUCGACCUCACGACGCGUGGAACGGUACUCUGGACGCCACCAAAGAGAGCGCCAUCUGUUUCCAGCUGCAGUCGGACAGUGACAGGGAGAACGAGGACUGUCUCUACGUCAACGUUUUCACCCCAAACACAGAGGCACAAUUGCCGGUCAUCUUCUGGAUCUACGGCGGCGGGUUCCGCAACGGCGCCGCCUCUUUCGCCAGCUACAGGCCCGACUACUUGAUAGACGAGGACGUCGUCCUCGUCACCCACAACUACAGGGUGGGCAUUUUCGGGUUCCUGUCCACCGGCGACCGCGUCAUCCCCGGGAACUACGGACUGAAGGACCAGCAGCUCGCACUGCGUUGGACCUAUGAAAACAUCCACCUCUUCGGCGGAGAUCCUGCCCGCAUCACCAUCAUGGGGCAGAGUGCCGGGGCGGCAUCCGUCGGGUACCACUUGCUCAAUCCCAACUCGGCAGGAUUGUUUGGAGCCGCCAUCGCCGAAAGCGGGUCCCCUUUAAACAUGUGGUCGUUUAUCGAAGAUCCGCGGGCUUACGCAAUCGACCUGGCCCAAGCCGUGGACGUCGACUUCGACGUCAACGCCACCAGCGACCAACUGGGCACCUUCUUCAUGGGUCUGGACGCCCGAACCAUCGACGCUGCCGGCACCAAAACGAAAAUCGUCCAGCCGGCCGUAGUGCUGGAAGCGGACGGUCCGACAGCGUUCGUGUCGACAACGAUGUACGAGCAAUUCGAUGUGGGCGACUUCGCGAAAGUGCCUACCCUGAUGGGCAUGACGUCCGAGGAAGGGAUAUCGGCCGCGAAAUCCACAAAAUAUUUGAACGCUCAAGCGGAAUCGUACGACUCUGAUCCAGCGCUCCUACUGCCCGAUAUUUUUCAUUACGGCCGGGACGCUGACGUGGCAGUCAUCGGGAACGCCAUUAAGGAGAUAUACGUCGGCAACGAUACGUUCGCGGAUCGUUUGGGGGCGGUAGUGCGCCACUUCAGCGACAACAGGUACGAUAGGGCGGUUAUGAAGCAGGCUCGAAUGAUUUCGCCUCUAACCACAGUGUAUUUUUACCAGUUCUCUUACGACGGUGCUCUAGGUGGUGUGGACUACACGGCGGAAGGUGCGGAUCGGGUCGGUCACGGCGAGGAACUCAACUACUUGUUCCUGAGCCGCGAAGUGGAAACAGUGGACGACGGCGACGCUUUGACGCACAAGCGGCUCGUGAGGCUGUGGACCAACUUCGUCAAAUACUUAAAUCCCACCCCCGAGAGCGACGACCCGUUGCUCCAGAACGUCACCUGGCCGAUAAUGACGGCCGACAGCUUCCCAUACUUGGACAUCGACGCAGACCUAACGACCAAAACGAACCCUAAGCAACGCUACUACGAAGGAUGGGACCGAGUCUUUGCCGCGUACGGCGUGCGCCCCUACGUCACGUUCUAGGGGCUGAUUUCAAUUCAAAAAAAUGAAAAAAAUAAAACCGACGUAAAAUCGCAACAA